ACCAGAAGUGAGGCCUAAAGGUUCGGUUUUCCGGAAGUGAUGCCUAUGGUUUCAUUUGUUUUUUUCCCCCAUCCGGAACCAUUGAAUGCGUGGUAUUUGUUUCUAGACCGAGCAUUAUGAGGGACCGACCUCUAACCGGAAGUGAGGCCCAAACACCUUAUUAACGAAUUGGGGCCUUUAACGAGUCUGAUCCCGUCAGAAGCCGCUCCAGUUUGAACACGAAGAAAUGAUAUUGCAAGCCCCUUGAAAUAGAAGAAGCUUUUCCAUCAUGUUAAUCUAUGGAUAACAUCACUUUUCAGCUGCAAAAGAGAACAUCUUGAACUGAGUUCCCAGGAUGUUUGGUGGGCCUGCAUCGUCUUCUUCCUGUCCUUCCUCCUCCACUUCCUCUUCCUGUACUUCGAAGAAGGCGGAGUUUUUGGACAAGGCCCGGCAGGCGCGGGAGGAGCGUCGCGGGCAGAAGGAGCGGGAGAAGGCUGCCCUCCGCAUACAGGCCCUCCUCCGGGGGCACGCCGCUCGACAGCACCUCCGUACACACCUCCGGAAAGAAGUGGAUGAAUUCUUCCUCCCGGAGGAAUCUGUGAAUCCGAAUAAGAAGACAGCGCUUUCGAUCUUCAGGAUUGCCAGGAAGCUCCUCUUCAUCUUUCACCUGCAACACGACAAAGAGAGAUUCGAAAAACUAUGCCGCUGCAUUUUGAACAGUAUGGAGGCCGAGAACGAGCCCAAGGUGUGGUACGUGUCCUUGGCGCUCUCAAAGGACCUGACGCUCCUCUGGAUCAAGCAGCUCAAGGACGUCCUGUGGCUUUGCUGCAACUUCCUGAAGAUCCUCAAGCCAGACAUCUUGCAAGAUUCCAAGCUGGUCAACCUCCACCUCACGAUGCUGGUGACCUUUACUGACCCUGCGACCUGGAAGAUCCUGCGUGGAAAAGGGGAGGCCCUGCGCCCAGCCAUGUCCCACAUCUGCGCCAAUGUGAUGGGCCACCUCAACCAGAAGGGUUUCUACUCAGUGCUGCAGAUCCUGCUGACCAGUGGUUUGGCCCGCUCCCGACCCUCCUUCUCCAAGGGCAGCCUGACCGCUGCCUUCUCCCUCGCCCUGCGGCCAGUGGUGGCGGCCCAGUUUUCAGACAACCUUCUUCGCUGUUUCUUGAUCCACAUCCUGUCGGUGCCGGCCAUCGCCACCCACAUCGCCACCCUGACCCCAGAGCGCCUGGUGGUCAUUGAGUCCCAUGACCUCCUGCGGAAAUUCAUCCUCUUCUUGAGCCGUGAAGAGCAGUGCAGAGAUGUCUGCGUCUGUUUGGAAGGAAGCCACACGCUCUGUCUCCUGGGCAACCUAAUCUACCUGGCCUCUUUGAAUGACCGAGUCCUGGAGGAGGAGGCGGCCCACUUUGUGCGGGUCCUGACCUGGAUGCUAUGCUAUUGCCAGAAGUACGUCUCCCAGAAGAAGUCCAACCUCACCCAUUGGCACCCGGUCCUGGGCUGGUUCUCCCAGGCGGUGGAUUAUGGAUUGAAUGAAUCGAUGCCCCUCCUAACGAGGCAGUUGCAGCACCUGUGGGGUGUCCAUCUGAUUCGCAUCCUCUUCAGUGACGUCCUCAGCAAGAAACUCCAGGAAAACCAAGAUGGUGCCCGAACUCAAGCCCCGGCUGCUUCCCCGCAGAACAGCCUCCCCAUGAAAAACCUCUUCAAGAGGGCCUUCCAGAAGUCGGCCUCCGUCCGCCACAUCCUGAAGCCUGUUGGCGGGAAACGGGUGGAUUCGGCUGAAGUCCAAAAGGUCUGCAGCAUCUGUGUCCUCUACCAGAUGGCCCUCACCACCCUGACCCAGAUCCGCCUGCAGAUCCUGACCGGCCUGACCUACUUGGAUGACCUUCUCCCAAAGCUGUGGGCCUUCAUCUGUGAGCUGGGGCCUCAGGGUGGCCUGAAGCUCUUCCUGGAGUGCCUGAACAAUGACACGGAGGAGUCCCAGCGUCUACUGGCCAUGCUCACCCUCUUCUGUGACUGCUCAAGGCACCUCAUCACGAUCCUGGACGAUAUUGAGGUGUACGAAGAACAGGUCUCCUUCAAGCUGGAAGAGCUGGUCACCAUCUCCUCCUUCCUCAAUUCCUUCGUUUUCAAGAUGAUAUGGGACGGCAUUGUGGAGAAUGCCAAAGGGGAGACCCUGGAACUCUUCCAUUCAGUCCAUGGGUGGCUGAUGGUCCUCUAUGAGCGCGACUGCCGGCGACGCUUCGCCCCGGACGACCAUUGGCUGCGCAAGGACCUGAAGCCCUGCCUGCUGUUCCAGGAGCUGGAGAAGGACCGGAAGCGGGCCCAGCUGGUCCUCCAGUACAUCCCCCACGUCAUACCCCAUAAGAAUAGGGUCCUCCUCUUCCGGAACAUGGUUGCCAAGGAGAAGGAGAAACUCGGAUUGGUUGAAACCAGCUCUGCCUCCCCACAUGUCACCCACAUCACCAUUCGCCGCUCACGCAUGCUGGAGGAUGGCUAUGAGCAGCUGCGCCAGUUAUCACAGAACGCCAUGAAGGGAGUCAUCCGGGUCAAGUUCGUGAAUGAUCUUGGGGUUGACGAGGCCGGCAUUGACCAAGAUGGCGUUUUCAAGGAGUUUCUAGAGGAGAUCAUCAAGAAGGUCUUUGACCCCGCACUCAACCUCUUCAAGACUACCAGUGGUGAUGAGAGGCUCUACCCGUCCCCGACAUCGUACAUCCACGAGAAUUACUUGCAGCUCUUUGAAUUCGUGGGGAAGAUGCUCGGGAAGGCCGUCUACGAGGGGAUCGUGGUGGACGUGCCUUUUGCCUCCUUCUUCCUCAGCCAGCUGCUUGGUCACCAUCACAGCCUCUUCUACAGCUCAGUCGAUGAACUCCCUUCCCUGGAUUCAGAAUUCUACAAAAACCUCACCUCCAUCAAGCGUUAUGACGGUGAUGUCAGCGACUUGGGCCUGACUCUCUCUUAUGAUGAAGAUGUCAUGGGUCAGCUCGUUUGCCACGAACUCAUUCCAGGUGGGAAGACCAUCCCCGUUACGAACGAGAACAAGAUCAGCUACAUCCACCUGAUGGCACACUUCCGGAUGCACACGCAGAUCAAGAGUCAGGCAUCCGCCUUCAUUGGGGGCUUCCGCUCCAUCAUCCGCCCUGACUGGAUCCGCGUCUUCUCUGCUCCUGAGCUCCAGCGUCUCAUCUCCGGAGACAAUGCUCAGAUCGACCUCGAGGACCUCAAGAAGCACACAGUCUACUAUGGGGGCUUCCACGGGAGCCACCGGGUCAUCCUGUGGUUGUGGGACAUCCUGGCCAAUGACUUCUCUCCCGAUGAAAGAGCCAUGUUUCUCAAGUUUGUGACCAGCUGCUCCCGUCCACCGCUCCUGGGAUUUGCCUACCUCAAGCCCCCUUUCUCCAUCCGCUGUGUUGAAGUUUCAGAUGAUCAGGACACGGGGGACACACUGGGGAGCGUUUUGCGGGGCUUCUUUGCGAUCCGAAAGCGGGAGCCAGGGGGCCGCCUGCCCACCUCCUCCACCUGCUUCAACCUGCUCAAGCUGCCCAACUAUGCCAAGAAGGCCCUCCUCCGAGAGAAGCUGCGCUACGCCCUCACCAUGAACACCGGCUUCGAGCUCUCCUGAUGCCACUCGCGCAUUAAACACAGCCUGCACAGCC